UCCAUGCACAAAGACAAUCCCAAAGACCCAAACCCCUAAAUUCCAAGCCAAAAUAAAUAAAUAAAUAAAUAAAACCUUCCCUUUCUGUCACCCCCACCACCAAUUCUAUCUAAGAAUUUUACAUCCAAAACACACGCAAAACGUAUCUCUACAGCCAUCUCAAAAUCAAUCACGCACUGAAACAACAACGUUAUAAAAACCAAAACCAAAACCAAAACAAAAAAUAUUACCCAUAAAAAGGUCCUUAGAAAUUAACUUCCUUCCCUUGUAAAGACACAAACUUCUAAAGUUUCAAUCUUUCCAUCUGGGGUUUGCCUAAACUUGCAAAUAAUAAUCUUUCAUGGGUGUUUAUGAGGCUGGUGUGAAUGGCACCGAUGGAACCGCAACAGCGACAACUUGUAGCUGCUGGAAUACGAGCAUGAGGUGUUGGUGCAGAUGGAGAUGGGAAAACCAUCAACAACAGCAGCAGCAGCAUAAUGUUUUGCGCCAAAGAUUGGUUUCUCUAGUGUUUUCCUCUGGUUUUACGUUCUUUUUGGGGUAUUUGGUUUUGUAUGGAUCUAUUGGUAUGUUUUAUGCUUGGCUUAUGUUUAGUAAGCCUUAUUUACGUAGCACAAAUGCUGGUGUUGGGUUAAAGUCACUUGGUUGUCAAGAAGACAAUGAGGGUUCUUGGUCUAUUGGUGUCUUUUAUGGUGAUUCUCCUUUCUCUCUCAAACCAAUUGAAGCUAUGAAUGAAUGGAGAGAUGAGGGUGCGGCAUGGCCUAUUGCCAACCCCGUUGUCACUUGUGCUUCGCUUUCUGAUGCUGGUUUCCCCAGUAAUUUUGUUGCUGACCCGUUUCUUUAUGUUCAGGGGGAUACACUUUUCCUCUUCUAUGAAACAAAAAAUUCAAUAACCAGUCAAGGAGAUAUUGGAGUUGCGAAAAGUAUUGACAAGGGAGCGACAUGGCAACAGUUGGGCAUUGCCUUGGAUGAGGACUGGCAUCUAUCCUAUCCCUAUGUAUUCAACUACCUUGGCCAAAUAUAUAUGAUGCCCGAGAGCAGCCAGAAAGGGGAACUUCGUCUUUAUAGAGCUCUUAACUUUCCAUUGCAGUGGACACUGGAUAAGGUUCUUAUAAAAAAUCCCCUUGUCGAUUCUUUUAUCAUUAAUCGUGCUGGAGAAUAUUGGCUUUUUGGUUCAGAUCACAGUGGUGUUGGAACCAGGAAGAAUGGACAACUGGAAAUCUGGUAUAGUAGCUCACCACUUGGUCCCUGGAAACCACACAAGAAGAAUCCCAUUUAUAAUGUUGACAAGAGUGUGGGAGCUAGGAAUGGAGGCAGGCCAUUUGUGUAUGAUGGAAACCUUUAUCGUGUUGGUCAAGACUGUGGUGAAACAUAUGGAAGACGAGUCCGUAUCUUCAAGGUAGAAGUUCUUACCAAGGACGAUUACAAAGAAGUUGAAGUUCCCCUGGGAUUUGAAGAGUCCAAUAAGGGACCCAAUGCUUGGAAUGGUGCACGCUACCAUCAUCUUGAUGUGCAGCAACUAAGCUCUGGUAAAUGGAUAGCUGUCAUGGAUGGAGAUCGUGUACCUUCAGGAGAUCCAGUCCAUCGCUUUAUUCUUGGCUCUGCUUCAUUUGCUGCUGUCACUGUUGUUGUUGUUGUACUGGGUGUGCUACUUGGAGCAGUGAAGUGCAUUAUUCCCCUCAACUGGUGUGCUCACUUCUCAGGGAAGAGAAAUAAUGCUCUCUUGGGUCGGGAAAGGUUGAAUUUGUUUUCUUCAAAGGUGAGACGUUUUUGCAGCCGAUUGAACAGAGUUCCUCUGUCUGUUCGAGGAAAAAUAAAGCCUAAUACUUGGGCUGGAAAAUUGGUUUUGGCUGUAAUAUUUGCAGUUGGAAUUGCAUUGAUGUGCGCAGGUGUUAAAUAUUUCUAUGGAGGCAAUGGUGCUGAAGAAGCUUAUCCAUUAAAUGGUUCCUACUCUCAGUUCACUUUAUUGACGAUGACAUAUGAUGCACGGCUCUGGAAUUUGAAAAUGUAUGUGAGGCAUUAUUCAAGGUGUUCUUCUGUUAAAGAGAUUAUUGUGGUUUGGAACAAGGGCAUACCUCCCAGAUCGAGUGAUCUAGACUCCACUGUGCCUGUAAGGAUCAGAGUAGAAGACCAAAACUCACUGAACAAUCGGUUCAAGAAAGAUCCUAUGAUUAAGACCCGUGCUGUUCUCGAGCUUGAUGAUGAUAUCAUGAUGUCUUGUGACGAUAUAGAACGGGGAUUCAAUGUGUGGCGUCAACACCCAGAUCGGAUUGUUGGCUUCUAUCCCCGACUCGUUCGUGGUAGUCCAUUGAAGUAUAGGGAUGAGAAAUAUGCCCGGCGUCAUGAAAGUUAUAAUAUGAUUCUUACUGGGGCAGCUUUCAUUGACCGUACACUAGCUUUUGAGAGGUACUGGAGUAGUGAAGCUAAGGCAGGAAGGGAACUGGUAGAUAGAUACUUCAACUGCGAGGACGUGCUUUUGAAUUACUUGUAUGCAAAUGCAAGCUCGUCCCAGACUGUUGAGUAUGUGAGGCCAACAUGGGUAAUAGACACAUCGAAAUUUACUGGGGUAGCAAUUAGCAAGAAUACAAAUGUGCAUUACGAGAUAAGAAGUAAUUGCCUCCUUAAAUUUUCAGACAUCUAUGGAAGUAUAGCUGGCCGAAAGUGGGAAUUUAAUGGGCGCAAGGAUGGUUGGGAUUUAUAGUGAUGCCUAAUCUUGACAGCAGCACACUUGAGGUUAUAAAUUCUCUUACUCUUAAGGUAAAUUCUUGUGGUUCUCGUCUCUCUAGGUUUUACCCUUCUUGUGAAGAUUUUUGUGUUGGGUAAGUUUUAGCAUCAAUAUCUUUGUUUGGGAAGAUGUAAAUUUAUCAUGUUUUUACAUUUUAUCAGAGUUGUUUAGGUAUUUGUACAUUAGUGACAUCCAGUUUUUACUUUCCUAAGUCUUUUUAUGAAAAUUAUAAGAUAUAUAUAGUCUUUGGCAAA